AUGGCAAACAGUACAUACUACGAACAAGUGUCUGGUGCAGCCAUGGGUUCACCCAUAUCACCAGUUAUUGUGGACAUUAUACAUGCAACAGCUAGAACGUAUCAUGAAAAAAGCCACAUUCAAACCAUCAAAUUCACCACGGAGAUACUUCCAUUUCUUGAUGUCUUAGUAAUAAGAAAACCAGAUGGCACAUUAGGGCAUAAGGUAUACAGAAAACCUAUUGCAUACCACCUCAUACCAUCACCCAUCACAAAAGAACAUAUCACCAAGAUCUUAAUACAGAAUGGUUUAAACAAACACUGCAUUACUAAGAUGAUCAGAAAAUCACAACAAAACAACAGAACACAAAAACCAAUGAAUAAUACUCACACAGUCUUCCUCCCAUAUAUCAAAGACAUCAUUGAAAAAAUAGGCAAAACUCUUAGAAAACACAAAAUAGGUACUGUAUUCAGCACAGAAAGCAAAAUUAAACAAGUACUCACCUCCUCAAAAGAUCCAAUAUCAACAUUAGAAUCAUCAGGGGUCUACAAAGUACUUUGCUCAUGUGAAGCAAUGUACAUUGGCGAAACCAGGAGAAGUAAGAGCACUAGGCUUAAGGAACACGAAAGGUGCAUCAAACUAGGAUACGUACAAUUGACCAUAGUGGAGCACCAUAAAGCUGCAGGGCAUAAUAUAAAAUGGGAAAAAGCCAAAGUUAUUGCAAAGACCACAGGGUACUUCUCAAGAAAGGAUGGAGUAGCCUUAGAAAUAAGGAAACACCUAAAUAAUAUCAACAGAGAUAUGGAAUACCAACUGUACCAUAUAUAG